AUGUUGGAGAUGCUUGAAUACAGCCAUUACCAGGUGCAGACCCAUCUGGAGAACCCCACCAAGUACCACAUUCAGCAGGCCCAAAGGCAGCAGGUGAGGCAGUACCUGUCCACCACCCUCGGGGGUAAGCCUGGCAGCCAGGCCAGCAGCCUGCAGUGCCACAGCCAGCCCCCGGAGCACGGGAUGCUCCCCGGCCCAGGCAGCAGUGCCCCCAACAGCCCCAUGGCCCUGCUGACCCUCACCUCAAACUGCGAGAAGGAGGUAGGCAUAAAAGAGAGGACACAGAGAUCCAUGCAUAUACCAUUCCCACUGGUUUUUCAUUUUGAUCUCACAUUAUUACAGAUGGACGAUGUCAUUGAUGACAUUAUUAGCUUGGAAACAAGUUAUAAUGAUGAUAUUCUUGGCUUUAUGGACCCCGGACUCCAGAUUACAAAUACACUCCCUGUAUCUGGUAACCUUCUGGACAUGUAUGGAAACCACGGACUUACCAGCAGUAACUCCUGCCCUGGUAGUUUAUCCAACAUAAAAAGGGAAUUCUCAGUGUUUCCCUUCCGUCCAGAAGCUGAGGUCCGAGCGAUGGCCAAGGAGAGACAAAAAAAGGACAAUCACAACUUAAUUGAACGAAGAAGGAGGUUCAACAUCAACGAUCGAAUCAAAGAGCUUGGAACCUUGAUUCCUAAGUCAAAUGAUCCGGACAUGCGCUGGAAUAAGGGCACCAUUCUGAAGGCCUCAGUGGACUACAUCAGGAAGCUGCAGAGGGAGCAGCAGAGAGCCAAGGAGCUGGAGCUUAGACAGAGGAGGCUGGAGCAUGCCAACCGCCAUCUGAUGCUGCGCAUACAGGAGUUGGAGAUGCAGGCGCGGGCUCAUGGUCUUGCGGUUGUGCCGUCCUCUUCCCUCUGCUCCUCUGAGCUGAUGGCCCGAGCCAUCAAGCAGGAGCCCAUCCUAGGAGACUGUCCGUCAGACCUGUACCAGAAGUCAGGCCCCGACAUGUCCCCUACCACCACACUAGACCUCAACAACGGCACCAUCCACUUCAAUGACAGCCCAUUGGAUGCAGGGGAACCAGGGGCCUAUGGCUCCAACAAGGCCUCCACUAAACUGAAGGACAUAAUAGACAACACCCUGUCACCCAUAUCAUCCCUUCUGUCCUCAGUGUCUCCAGACGCCUCCAACAGCAGCAGCAGGCGUAGCAGCAGCUCAAGCAUGGAGGAGAAUAAUCAUGGUUGUUAG